AUGCUUGUGCCAGCAUCCUGUGCGAGGCACCGAUCUCCCGUACCAUUGGUGUCAACCUAUGCUUGUGCCAGCAUCCUGUACGUGCCGGACAAUGACACCUGCGCGCAUUGCGGCAUGUGGUUGCCAUACGUUCUGCCACGAUCUGUGUGCAUGAUUGCAUCUGAAGUUUCACAGAAUCGGACCACCCUCUUUACAGCUGCACGAUACGGAUUAACAGACUUCUUGUUUUAAAACACAUCGGCAUACAACGCAGCCUACCUGGUAAAAGAGCCCACAGGUUGCCCCACCACUCAU